AUAUAUUCAAAUAACAUGAUCAUCCUACAUUCUCACCACCAAAUCUAAUUCAAUUCAAGCUAUUUCUACAGUCAUUAAGCUUUUUUUUUUAAAAAAAAUGUCUAUCAUUCCAAGCUUCUUCGGUAGUCGUCGAGCCAAUGUCUUUGAUCCUUUUUCAUUAGACGUAUGGGAUCCCCUUGAUACCAUUUUCAGCACUUCCAUUUCCAACAUUCCGUCUGGAGCACGUGAAACUUCGGCUUUCGUGAACGCACAGAUUGACUGGAAGGAGACCCCAGAAGCUCAUGUAUUCAAGGCUGAUCUUCCAGGGUUAAAGAAAGAAGAAGUCAAGGUGGAGUUACAAGAUGGUAACAUUUUACAAAUCAGUGGAGAGAGGAGCAGGGAGAAAGAGGAUAAAAACGACAAGUGGCACCGUGUUGAGAGGAGCUCCGGCAAGUUUGUAAGGCAGUUUCGGUUGCCGGAUAAUGCUAAGGUUGAUAAGGUGAAAGCGAAGAUGGAGAAUGGUGUGCUGACUGUGACUGUGCCUAAGAAGGAAGUCAAAAAGCCUGAAGUGAAAGCCAUUAAAAUCUCUAGCUAAUGGUCUUAUUUUGCUUUGAAUAAAUAAGAAAAUGUGUGAGUUUUGUGAAAAAUGCAACUAUAUGGAACUUGUUUGAAGAGCUCUACUUGUAACUUGUUUGUUAAUUAAUAAAAAAAAGU